UCAAAUCAACAAGCAACGAACAAAAGCCACCUCUUUUCUCUAAAUCCGCUAAAAUACCAUUGCAAAGCAGCAACGCUUAUCAGCAACGCUCAAGUGCUUUCUGAUGCUGGAAUUCCUGCUAGGAUCUGAGACUUCCAGGGAGAAAAGGAGGAGGAAAAGGAGACGCGAAAAUUGCUCAUAGUUUGAUGCAGUAGUGAUAUGGGUAUCUUGCUUGGAUUAUUACAUGAUAGAGAAGCAGACUUAAGCAUUCAAACUGAAAGUUAAUCUUUAAUUUUAAAGUAACUCUUCAUAACGGCAGAACAUAUCAGCGAACUGAGAUAAAAUAUCCCUGUCUAGCAGGUGGAGGAGGAGAUCUUUCCAGUUCAAACUCUCAUCACCAGCCACAAAGGCAGCUGCAAAACAAGAGCACAAACAGCAGUCAGGCUUUGUGAGUGGGCGUUUACCCCCCUGCACACAUCUGGACCUCUACAGCUCCUCAUCAUUACGACGUCAGUGGCUACCUGUGGUUGGGCUUUGCUGGAGAACUGCUACGUGAAGAGUCAUCCUCCUCCUCCUCCAAGGGCCUCACCUAGUCAGCUGGAGAGGCAACUGAGGCUUGACUGCCUGCUUCCACCAAAGACAGCAUCCAUCUCGGCCUUGCACUGCUCUUCAAGGCGGGAAUGUCCUCAUCAUCCUCUUCGGUGUUGGAGAUGGAGAUCUUCCGGUACAUUGAUGUACAUCAAAGUGAUUUCAUUGAGGAUCUUAAGGAAUGGGUGGCUGUGGAAAGCGAUUCUGUUCAACCAGUUCUGAGGAAAGAAGUAAUACGAAUGAUGACAUUGGCAGCAGCCAAACUUUCAGCACUGGGAGCCACUGUUAAUUUAGUAAACCUGGAGACACAUCAGUUCCCUGAUGGCCAGGAUCUCCCACUGCCUCCUGUGAUUCUUGGGGAACUGGGGAAGGAUCCACAAAACCCCACUGUAUGUUUCUAUGGGCAUGUAGAUGUGCAGCCUGCCAAAAAGGAAGAUGGCUGGAAAACUGACCCUUACACACUGACUGAAAUCAAUGGAAAUCUCUAUGGCCGUGGAGCAACAGAUAAUAAAGGACCUGUCUUAGCUUGGAUAAAUGCAGUGGAAACAUUUAGAGCCUUGAAAUUAGCUAUGCCAGUAAACUUCAAGUUUGUAAUUGAAGGCAUGGAAGAAGCAGGGUCCUUGGGGCUAGAAAGAUUACUUGAAGAAGAAAAACAGGGCUUUUUCUCUGAUGUUGAUUAUAUUGUGAUUUCGGAUAACCUCUGGCUCAGCAACAAGAAACCUGCCCUUACAUACGGGAGUCGGGGGAAUGCCUGCUUCUUUGUGGAGGUUGAAUGUGGCAGCAAGGACCUUCACUCUGGAACUUUUGGAGGCAUCAUUCAUGAGCCGCUGAUGGACCUGAUAGCGCUGCUGGACAGCCUUGUAGAUGCCACAGGUCGUAUUCAGAUCCCUGGAAUCUACGACAGCGUUGCUGCCCUGACAGAGGAGGAGAAGAAAUUGUAUGAAUCGAUUGAAUUUGCUGUAGAGGAACACAAAAAUAAUAGUGGCGUGAAAAAAUUCCUCUAUGGCACCAAGGAAGACAUACUUUUACACCUGUGGCGUUACCCUUCUCUUUCUAUUCAUGGGAUUGAAGGAGCUUUUCAUGAACCAGGAAUUAAAACCGUCAUUCCGGCAAAAGUCAUUGGCAAAUUCUCAAUCCGUCAGGUCCCCCACAUGGACCUUUCGGUUGUGAAACAACAGGUGAUGGAGCAUUUGGAGGCUGUCUUUUCCAAGAGGAACAGUCCAAACAAGCUGAAAGUGUCUAUGCCUAUGGGUGCAAAGCCCUGGCUUGCUGAUGUUAAUGAUCCACUAUAUAAAGCAGCAAGAAAGGCAAUAAAAACAGUUUUUGGAGAAGAUCCAGAUUUUAUUCGGGAUGGUUCAACAAUUCCUGUUGCCAGAAUGUUUCAGACGAUAACGCAGAAAAGUGUGAUGAUGUUUCCAAUUGGAGCAGCUGAUGAUGGGGAGCACUCCCAGAAUGAGAAAAUAAGCAGACACAACUACAUUGAUGGAACCAAAGUGUUUGCAGCUUUUUUCCUGGAGAUAUCAAAGCUACAUCAGCACUUCAAUGAAACUUCCGACAUGGGGACUAACAACUGUUAGACCAUUGCAAGAAAAUCAGCAAAGCACUUUUUCUAGUCUUAAGCUUUUGAACUUCCUGAUCUGGAAUAUCAUAUAAAUCACAUAUUCAGUGGGUCUGAAUUGGUGGAAAAAAAUAAAUGCCAUGCUAUUACUUGGCAUACUACUAAAUGGCAUGUGUUUGUGAUCUGGUCAAUCAAGUGAUCUUAUGCCUAAUGCUAUAAAAUAGGGUUAGGGCUAAGUCAUUCUGGCUGAGUGGAAUAUGUUACAUUUUAGUUUUAAAAUUCAGAGAAAUGGGAAUUUUGGCAUGUAUUUUAUUAAAAUUACUUCAUUUCUCUUUUGUAGUAUGCUCAUGUUCAUGCCACCUAGCUCAUAUUUCAGUUUCUGAACAUGAGCAAUUUGCAGCAGUGUCAUUUCCUCCCCGCUAUAUAUAAAAUUUCACUAUUUAAUUAUUUGAAGAAAGGUCCACUAUCAUGCUAAUCCCUCCUCUGCCCUUCACAGAAGGCUGUAAAUAGGAAAUGCAAUACAACUAGCUUGCUGAAUUUGAUGCAAAGACCUGCCUAUGAACAUUUACUUCUGGGAAUAAUCACGGAGGUCAAUAGAACCGCAAUAGUAAAUAAAAAUUUCCAGGUCUGGAUUCUGACUUUUCCCCCUCAUUUAAUCCAAAUCUCCUCUUAUUGUGCUGUGAGAACAGUUUUAAGAAUCACUACAUAAUAUAUUUCCUUAACGUGACUUUCUUCCUGUACAACAGAAAAAAGUUUUUGUAAAUAUCUGUUCUGGCCAAGGUCUGUCAUCAGAAGGGCGUUUUGCCACGUAAAGAGCAACUGGUUGUUGCUAAUUACUUUAAAAGCAUCAGAUUACAUUGAUAAUUAAAUCAAAGGCAAAUGAUGUCUUUUGAAAUUAAAGCAAUAGUUGAGAGUUCUGUUUGCUCUUUAUGCAAAACACAUAGCACAAAUUACAUAAUUCACAUCUAUAUAUUUUUUUACUUCAAAAAUGUGAUUUUUAUUAUAACAUGUAGUUAUUUCACACACAACCAAAGUGACUGAACCGGAUUUAAACAAAAACUUAGCGUUAUCCCUACUGUUAAAAUAAAUGACAUUAAUCAAAUUAUGGAAAGUAGUUGGAUUCUUUCCUUUCUCUCCUGCUCCCUCUCCU